CCUCUCACUUCUCACUCAUCAUGCCAAUAUAGUCCACCGGUCACCGACUCAUCCUCGCAUCAAUGCGCAAAUGGGUGACUAGCUCUUUACCACUUUCUGACCUCUUGCUCUUCGAUGCGCAUUCGGCCUCCCGCAUGGAUCCGCCCCGUUUGCACCAGCCCAGUCCAUAUAGCCAACAGCCAGGCGCGGGUGCCCGCGUCCUUACUUCAAGUUGGCGGUCACGUUAGAAAAAUUGGCAUUCUUCGUGUUCUCAGCGAACUUGGAGUGGAGGCCUGAUCCUGCUCUCGCACCCCUCCUCUUCUCCCUCAAUCACUCAAGCUGACUUGCGCCCACAAUGGAAGUGGUCUGCAAGAACGUCCCCCCGGACUUGGACCGCAAUACCCUCCGCAAGGAGCUCACGCCCGUCAUCGAAGCGCUCAAGAUCGAGGUCUGGGGAUGCGAGAAGCCCAAGAAGAGGAACAUUGCGUUCAUAACAUUCCUGGAACCCGCGGACGGUCAACGGUUCCUGGCCAAGCACGGCCAGAAGACCGUCGUCACGAACAAGACUGCCUCCUCCACUGAGCAAGAAAGUUCCUCUACUCAGCCGUCGAAACAGCCGUCCAAACCACGAAACAUUCCACGCCUGCGCAUCACCAAUACCGCCAUCUUUGUGGAGAAAAGCAGUCGUCCCAUCAACAAGCUCACGUUGGGGCAUCUGCAGCAUGAGCAGCACCAGCAGCGUCAGCAGGCACGAACUCCCGCGCGAGACCAGUCCGCGUCACAAGCGCUGGAGUUCGACAUACACCGUCUCGAGGCCGGUCAUAAUGCGUUCCGAAAGAGAGCGCUCACUUUCUUCCGAGCAACGUCGGCUCCCGAGGCUCAUGUGAUGCACGUGCGGAUGACGCCCCGUGUACUAACCAUCACGCAGCCCCGCGAGUAUCGUUUCGAGAUUUUCACCAACACUGUGCAGUCGUUCGUGUACAGUGAUGUCGAUAAUUCAUGCACACUCGUGCUCUCCGAGCCGCCUAGAUGCUUCGCAGCCGUGGGCGAGCCCAACGGUAGAGGGCCAGAGUACGAGCGCAGCGACUGUUGCCCCAGCUGGCAUGACCACGGGCGCUAUGUCGCUGAUUGCUUGGUUUACAAAUUCGCAAUUUUCCGACUCGAUGCAAACAAGCAAGCAAUCUCCAACUUGGCGGACUCCAUCAGGGACCGCCAAUAUGUCCCGUUUGUUCAGUAUCGAAUCACCCAGGAAAAUCACCCGGAGUCCUUCGUCCACGACUUUGAGAGCAGCAUGAAAAGUUUCAGAGGCAGACUUGACAACUACAACUUAAGACAGGGCGCACUCCCGUUUCCGGUACUCUUCCAAGUCCAGGCCCUUGUCUCCAACAAUUAUCUUCACCCUUCCGCUGGCUCUCGCCUCCUGGCGGAGAUGGACAAGAUUGCCAGCGAGGCGAGAGCAGACGGUGCACCAUUCCCACUGACAGUGGACGCCAUCAAGAAGCUAUACCAAGACAUUCCCUACGUCACGCCCGAAACCGACCCCAAUGAACUCCAUAUCCCAGCCUUGGCGGAACUCGUUGUUCAGUAUGCGUCGACCGCUCGACGAGAGAACCCUACAGAGAGGCACCCCGUGUACGGCACGCCCAUUCCAGGCCAUCAGGCCUGGAUCAUGAAGGCCAUGAUUACUCCGACGCGUAUCAUCUUCCACGGACCCGAGGCUGAGAGCCAGAACAGGAUAUUGCGAAUGUUCCCGAAUCACACAGAUUACUUCAUUCGAUGCUUGUUCGUGGACGAAGACGGGCAGGACAUGAUGUUCAACCCCAAGGUCUCCAACGAGCCCAUCUACCGAAGAUGGCGUAAGAUUCUCAAGGACGGGUUCCGGGUGGGAGGGCGCCACUACUCCUUCUUUGCCUUCUCGCACUCCUCUCUGCGGUCCCAUUCAGUCUGGUUCAUGGCCCCGUUCACGGACGACCAGUACAUGCCACAGGACUACGACUCCAUCAUCCGUCUCCUCGGUACAUUUGACGACAUUCGCGUCCCCGCCAAGUGCGCCGCUCGUAUUGGACAGGCCUUCAGCGAGACGCCGUAUGCGGUACCCAUCUUCAAAGAGAACGUCCUCACUCGGUACAUUCCCGACAUCAAGUCGCGGGAUGGCGUUCGUGUUUUCAGCGACGGCGUCGGCACGAUUUCAAAGGGGGCGAUGGAGAUCUUCUGGAAAUACCUGCCCGAGAGCGCAGCCGCUGCGACGUGCUUUCAGAUCCGGUACGGCGGCGCAAAGGGCAUGCUGUCUCUCGAUACCAGAUUGCCUGGCAAAGUGAUCUGUAUUCGAAAAGAGUCGAUGCAAAAAUUCCAGAGCAAUGACUUGAAAGAAGUCGGCAUCUGCGAUACCGCGUCGAGACCGCUCCGACUCAUGCUCAACCGUCAGAUGAUCAAGAUUCUCGAGGACAUGGGCACACGGGACCAGUGGUUUAUUGAUCUGCAAAACAAGGAGCUCCGAUUCCUGCGCGCGGUGACGGCGUCUGCUAACAACACGAGCACCUUCCUACGGUAUCAGCUGAUCGGCACCAACAUAAGUUUUCCACAGUUCAUCAGGGAACUGCACCAUCUCGGCAUUGACUAUCGACGUGACGUGUUCCUGAGGACGGUCGUGGAGAAUGUUGUGCUGAAGGAGCUUCGGCUGCUGAAGCACAAGGCACGCAUCCCCGUAGAGCAGGGUGUCACACUGUUUGGGAUCAUGGAUGAGACGGGCUUCCUGAAGGAGGGCGAGAUCUACAUCACGUUCGACAAGGCAAACCAGAUCGCAAAUCCACCUAGCAAGGGGUUUGCUCUGGUCACGCGAUCGCCAGCGCUGCAUCCCGGCGACAUCCAGGUGGUGAACAUGGUCGAGCCUCCUAGUGACAGCCCAUUGCGCAACCUCACCAAUUGCGUCGUCUUCAGCCGGAAUGGACGCCGCGAUCUUCCCAGCCAACUCAGUGGCGGCGAUCUGGACGGCGACUUGUACAGCGUCAUCUGGGAUCCUGCGGCCUUUGUGUCGAAGCAGUUUGAGCCUGCCGACUACCCCCGCAUCAGCCCGACCGAGCUGUAUCGCAAAGUGACGCGGGACGACAUUGCCGACUUUUUCAUCAACUUUAUGAAGACGGACAUUCUAGGCAUGAUUGCCACGCGCCAUCAGAUCCUGGCGGACACCAAGGAUGAGGGUACCGUGGCCCCUGACUGUCUCAAGUUGGCCGGGCUGCAUUCUACGGCGGUGGAUUCGUCCAAGACGGGGAUACCGGUUGACGUGAAGGAUCUGCCCAAGCCUCCCAGGACGAGACCGGAUUUCUUGGCGCCUGCGCCGCCACUGAAGCUGUACGACCUCGGACAGGUUGCGCAUAUUGCUGAUGACGAAGGCGUCGAUAUCGAUGGGGGAUACAGGCCGCUGUACCACCGAUCGGAAAAGAUUCUGGGCCGGCUUUACCGCAACGUCGACGAGAACAAGAUAUGGAGUCAUGAUAUACGUCGCGAGAUUGACAUGGAGGGGCUCUCGGUCUGGCAACUGCUCUGGGAUCACGUCGAGCGUGAAAUACUGGCAGAGCACUCGCAUCGUCUCUUCUGGACGCGGAGAAUCGACCGUGCGUGGGAUAUUCGAGACAUGUAUGAAAACGCGAUUACCGAGAAGAUGUGGGAUUUCUCGGAAAACCCACGUUCGCCCAUCACCGAGGUCGAGAUCUUUUGCGGGUUCAUCCUCAACAAGCGAGGCUCACAGACGCGCCGGCAGCGGGACUCGAGUAUCAAGCUAAAGGAGGCGAUCGACCAGACCAUGACCUGGAUUGUCAACAUGAUCCGCAACUCGGGCCCGCCGCAGAGCAAGGAAGCUGGCGAGGACGAUGAAGCCCAUCACCAGCAGCAAUACAAGGAGGAGCAUGAGGACAAUGUGCUGGAGCUUUGUCUUGCGUGCCUGUAUGUGGGCAUGAAGAGAGACCCGGAAGCCCGCGGCGAGGAACUGCAGAGUUUUAAGGUUGUCGCGGCGUGCUGUCUCAUCAGGGAGAUGAAGACCUGGCCGAAGGUACGGAGAGAGUACACGUAUGAUAUCGGUCCUGGGAGGGCGAUUGGUGGUGUGGCUUACUACCCGGACCACUUUCAGACGACGCUCCCACUUCGAUGAGUGGAAUACCAGGUGUGUUUGGCGCGUAAGGGGUUUGGCAUGGACAAUGGGACCCGAGUAGGGCGAAGCUGAGGCGUCAAGGACAUGCGGAGAUUUCGGAUGCGUUUUGUGAUGCCAAUUGGGGACAUGUUGGACAUAUUCGCAUCUCUUGUUGAUAUAGAAUGUAUUUGUCCAGGUAAUUAACUUUCCUAACGAUCGGGCAUCUUGGGAACCUUUGCACACAAGUCCGUACAGCCGCGACAGUAG